AUGUGUCGCGCAGUGCUGUGGGCCGUGUGCGCCGUGUGCGCCGUGUGCUUUGCCUGGCACCAAGAGCUGUUCGUGGCGCCAAGUGGCUGUCGUGGAGACGCUCGAAUUCCUCGAGACGCUCGAGACGUGGCGCGUCGAGCGCAGAUUUUGCCCGCGCUGCAGCCGCGAGAAGAAAAGACCAGGAAAAUUUACCGACUCAAGUCGGACAGUGAGAUGAAAGAAGUGGCCGCCAUUUUGGCGAGAGAAGCAGCAGAGGGUGUGGCGACAGACUCUUUGGGAAUCCGUGCCGCCAACCUGGCAGUCAAAGCUUGUGCCACAGCAGGCAACGAGCUGGAUGGCCAGAUAAUUGCUAUGGCACCGCAAUGGAUCUCGAAGACGGCUCACGGUCGUGCUUUAGAGGAAGGUGACAUGGAGGUUACAGCCUUGCGGAUCUUCUAUGGCCUCAUGACGAGACAGGAAGCUCCGGAGCAGAAGCCCCUCCUCGUGGGCAGGACUACGAAUAGCGGCCAGCUCGCAGGGGCAGUGCUUCGUCGCAUCAGCCAGCUCAGUGAGGCCAUCAUUCACGUGGCCGGGCCUGAACGAACAAUGGCAGCCCUGCGUGCCACGAUUACUGCUCAACGCAUGCUGGAUGCGAAGGAGAUGGCCUAUGAGGGCCUUGAGAAUAAAUGUUGGCUCAGACAUUCUCAGGGCCAAGAUGCGAAGACGUGUCAACUUCCAAAGCCAACCCAAAAUGUCCUGUCCUUAAUGCCUAUAGACCAGCGCUCUGAGAAGCGAUUGCUGGUCUCACCCAGCUGGCAAAGCGAUGGACCUGGCUACGCUGCUUCAUGGGGUAGGUCGCUGAGUUCUACGAGCCCUUGGUGCCAAGACAGUGGAAGGGUUGUUCGCCUAGUGAAAGCCACAUCUUGCGACGAACGCUUCAGGUUGGAUUUUCGCCGCUGGGCCAAGAGGGAGCCAGCGCCCACUGGUCGCAGCUUGCUGACAGCUCACUUUGGGCGGAAGUCAAGUGGAUCAGCUGACGGAGUGAAAGACGAAGUGAAAGACGAUGGCAAAGCCGAGACAGAGCCGUCCAAAACCGCAGAGCAGACGAGUGCUCAGAGUAGCACUCAGAGUGCUCAAGCACAAAAAAGGGAAUCCGAAAAGGAUGAAAAGCAGGAAGAAAAUGCCGAGGCUGCCGAGCCAAAGGCAAAAGUGCAGAGACGUGGCAAGGCACCAGCAGCAAAAGCAAGGGGAAAGCGUAAAAGAGAGGGCGAAGCUGAGAAGAUCGAGAAAGCUGAGAAAGCUGCUUCAGAGGCAUCACCUCCAAAAGAGAGACCUAAGACAUCGUUGGGAGGCUUCUUCGGAGUGAGCCCACCACCAAGAGUCGGAGUCCAGCGAGUCCAAGCAGCACAGGAGACUCCAGAGAAGACUUUGCCGCCCAAAGUGUCCAAACCAGAGAUGAAAGCGGUGAAAGCUGCCACGCCAGAUCAAGAAAAGGAACUGCAACUUAUACGAGAUUCCAUCCAACAAGCAGUCAGGGCUCAUCAAUACGGCAAGGCGAAGAGUCUUCACAGCAGGCUGCUUCAGCGGUGCACUGAAAUUGGCUGCGCAGUGCCGCAAACUUUCAAGGAGAAAGUCACGCAGCGUAAAGCCACGUCAGCGCCCAAAGAGUCGAAAGAUUCAUCGAAUGCAAACCAAGACGAAGGUGAAGAGAUUAUGGAUCCAAUCUCCUUUGCGCAGGGCAUUCUCAAGGAAAAGUUUCCAUUGCGCUUUCCAGAUUCAAAGAUGGAAGAGGAUGAUGCCGACAUCAUACCCGACAAUGAUCGCUGGCAUUUGUCCAGUCGCAAGAAGCAAACCCAGAACGAUGAGGAGGAAGCCGAAGCUGAGGAGGAUCCAGCAGCUCAAGAGUUGAAGAAGGCCUUGUCUACAAUCCCAGAUGCUUCGUACGAGGACAUUGACCGUUUUCCCUCAGUGGCAGCUACGUUCAGACAGUGGCUGAAAGAAAAAAAGAAGUUUGAGGAUGAUGACGCUGAGAAUUCGGUGAAGGUUCUCCACGACCUAUUUGGCAAGGAUGAAAAAUCACUGGAUGCAAUGGCCAAGGUGCCUUACAUUAAGGCUGUUUCCAAAGAGUCUACACAGGCUGCAACCAUCAAGCUUUUCGCAGCAUUCUGGGCCAAAAUGAAGAAUGGUCCUUGGUGUGCCGUACAGCGCACGGAGAGAAAGGCUGAGGUCAGAGUGCGCACAACUCAUUCUGUUCCAGAUUCGUGGGGUGUUCGAGUCGUGCAGCGAGCUCGCAAAGAGGACCUGGUGAUCUUAUCUGCCCCUGAUGGAAAACACUUUGCCGAAGCAUCCAAAGUCGCAGAACAUCCGGUUCUUCAGAGUGAGGAAUUCAAGAAGGAGCGAGAGUCCAAAGCAGCCUUGACUCAACUCGAGAGAGACAGACUGGCGACCGAACGUCUUGCCAAGGAGGCCGCAAAGGUCAAGAAAACCGAGAGGGCAGAAAAAGCAACCAAGGUGAAGAGCAACCUGGCGCCAUUGGUCAAAGAGCUGAUGAAUGGUGGUGGCUCCGAACAAUCACUGCUGAAUGUGGUCUUGCAACAGCAUGUUAGCUGCCGUGGUUGCGGCCGCAUGUCAUCAAGGGAAGCUGAGAAAACUCUUGGCCUUGAAGCUGGAUGGUCCUCGUACGAUGAUGUUCCCAAUGCCACAGAAGAAGAGCUACAGUUUGUUUAUCCACGUGUUCUUGCAACUUUCUACCAGCAGGGCUUUCCCUACAUGAAUGGCGUGCGACGACUCAUGGAGCUCUACAAAAAGAAAUCAUGGGAUAUGGCCACUCCAGACUUCCAACGCCUCGUUCGAAUGGAUCCUGAGAAUGCCAAGUGCAACGGCUACUUGAAUUCUGCCAUCUUGUACUUGAGGAAGUUUCGCGAGAGUGGCGGCUUUGACAAUCUCCUGGACAUCUCAGACAUGGACCCGGUGAAGCUUCAAAGCACCUUCACCCCCGACUUUGAUCGCGAAAAGGGCAAGGAGCAGGAGAAUUUUGAAGAUUUGCAGGUUGAUGUGCCCUUGGAGCUAGUCAUGGCAGAUGCCACAGCCAAAUGGCGCUCAGAGUUGUUGGAGAAGCUGGACGAUGAUGGCUAUUUGUUGGAGGAUGUGGAUGCUCGUGGGCAACGCCCUGUAGCUUUGAGUGUUGCACUUUUGCCCAAUGCUACGGACGAGGAAUGGGUGCUAUGGCCACGGAUUCUAGACAAGUACGAGACUUUUUGCAAAGGGGAGUCAGAAGAGGAGAAGCCCAUCAAGCGUGAAGCUGAAGCCAACGACAUGUUCCUUGCGAUGAAGGAGCUACUGGAAGAGCACGGCAAGAGCCCAGAUGCAGUGGCUUCUUCCAAAUAUUUGAAAAUGGUCAAGAACAUCUACGGCAGCGCCCACAAGGACCGUGUCGCAGCGCUGGCAAAGUUCGCGGACUUCUGGGCAGCACAUCAGAACGACGAGUUCCCAGAUCCAAAGGUGCAUGCUUUGGCAGCGAUGAAGUACAAGCUCAUAGAUCGCCAGUUGCUCGAGCAGGCCAAGAAGAUGGCUGCUGACUGGAAGCUACCCGAGGGCUGGGCGGUGAAGUUAGGGAAAGAUGGCCGCCUCAUCAAGGUGAAUGGUCCUGGUAAGGCGGAGAUCUACCACACCAAGGAAGCGGCUGUGAAAGCUGCAGAGGCCAAGGCCCAAAAAAAGGUAGAAGAAGCGAAAGCAGCGCAUCAGCAGAUGCUCUCAGCCCAGGGAAGAAAUGAAGAGGCCUCCCACAGCAAGGCUCUCCUGCGGAAGCAGCUCUCAGAAGCGGUUCAGAAGGAGGAUUAUGAGCUGGCAGAGCGUUUGCAUGCAAAGCUGAAGCGUGCACCUGAUAGCAGCAGCCGGAAGGGAGAGAUGCCCAUCGUGGCACGUUCUGUGAAAGACCUUGGGCGAGGCAAAGGCAGAGGCAAAGGUGUUCGGAAGCAUGCUCUCAAGUUGAAGGCGGUGAAGGCAGCUGAAACUCCAAAGAAAGCUCGCAAGGCACUUGGCCUCAAGUUUGAGCAGAAGCAACAGGUUGCUCGAAGUGAACUUACUCUGCGCGCUGGCGAGUGGCGGUUGGAGGGCAUCCGUCUCCAAAAUGGAAGCAUUGUGCCGUUGGAAUCCAAAGAGCUGGAGGAUGCCCGUGACGCCGUGCUGGUGUUGGUCUACGUUGAUGAGGAAGUAAGAGAGCGGAAGCGAAGGCGAAUCAUCGAAGACUGGGGUCUUGACGACACGUGGACGGUCACGGUGCGUUAUCGUCUCUCUGGUGACCAGGUCACUGCCAGACGAGCAGACGGCCGAGUAUUCUUUACGAAACUUGAGGUGGCCUGCGCAAAAGACAAGGAGGCAAUCGAGCAGAUUCGGCCAGCAGCCGAAAAGCGGGCAAAGGAGAUUGAAGCCUUGUUGAACUGGUGCAAAACCGAGUUGUCAGCAAUUUCUGGUCUCUAUCGGGAGGAGCACAGCCAGUGCUAUGCAAAGGUGCAAUGCCUAGACGACUCACAACCCAUCCAGGUGCGACGAAAAGAUGGUGGCUCUCAGUGGCAGUUCUUUGAUGGUGACAACAAGCUUCUUGCUGAAAGCACACUUGAAAGUCCCUUUGUAAAUCAGAAGUUGAAAGUCGCAGAGGAUCUUCUUGAGGCUCGAGGAGAGACUCUCGCAGGUGAUGCAAUGAGCAACCGCAUUGCUUCCCAACUGGCUCAUUGUUUUGGUUCCUGCUGCCGUUUCUGUACAAGGAACCGCAGUGCACGGCCUCGCUCGGAGCCGCAAAGUCUCACUCGAUCUGAGGCUCGAUUUGACGCAAGGCUCCGGGAAUUGGAGGAGCGAAGAUCCAACGCUCCGCGAUCAUUGCUGGAGAUGACACGCUGCAUGCUUGAAAAACUGAAAGCACUGCAGAAAACGUCAGACAUGUGCGACGAGCACUUACCAAAGCCAUUGCUUCAGAAGCAGGUUCUACGCAUUGGCACCAUGUGCUCCGGCACUGAUGCUCCUGUCUUGGUGGCGAGGGCUUUGGAGCGUGCGCUGAAACCAGAAGGUUCGCAACUGGCAUUCGAUCAUGUCUUUUCAGUGGAGUACGAUUCCAGGAAGCAGGAGUUCUUGAAGGCAAACUUUCCGGGAUGUCCAUUGCUCUUCAGGGACUGCACGCAGAUGGGUCGAAAGAGGGCUCUUGAGGUUCUUUCGAAAAAACCACAGCCCGUCCCCGGCAACUUGGACAUCCUCGUGGCCGGCUUCAGCUGCAAGGACUUGUCCAUGAUGAAUUCCUACCGGAAGACGCUACAAGAGAUGGGACAGUCUGGUUCCACGUUGAGAGGUGUUUUAGACUAUGUGGAGAGGUACCGACCAAAACUCGUCCUUCUUGAGAACGUAUGGGCUAUUGCAAAAAGCAACAGCAUUGGCUUCCGACAGGUUGAGCUGGUUUUGGAAGGGUUGAAGGCGCGGGGCUAUGCGGCCGGCUAUCGUUUGAUGAACAGUUGUGACUACUUCCUGCCGCAGAUUCGUCACAGGAUUUGGAUGUGGGCGAUUCGGAUCUCAGAGACAUCUCCAGCCUCAUUGGAAGAGUCCAAAGUUCUGCGUGAGAAGGCGGACUUUGCAACCUCGCAGGCACCCGUAGCACCGGACGGCUUUCGCAACGAGCACUUCGUAUCGAUCCGUAUCAAUCCGAGCCUUGUGCCCUUCACUUCGAGGACCCUGUUGACAGCAGUGCUUGGUUGA